CACCAAGGUACUUAGCUGGGUGAAUGGGUACUCAGGUACCCGGCAAGCCGGCCGCCUACCGCACGAGCCAGGGCCAGCACGAGCCAAUGGCCUGGCUGGUGGUUCCCAAGAGCUGGAGCCUCCACAGCGAAACAGGCGCAUUGAUGCGCGAUGAACCGCUCUACACACCCCUUUCACCAAAGCCGCCAGGCCCCCCCCUCCAAGCCUCGACACGACACCACACGACGAUAUCGGGACGAGUUGUCGUCCUCGCCCUCACCCUCACCCUUCCUCUUGUGACCCCGUGGCUAGCCUCGCGCAACAUCCUCUUGCUUUGCAGCAUCUCCCAAGUAGGGUCGAUGGGCAGAGUAGUCGCGCAACAGACAAGGCCAUGGGAAACAAUCCUCAGAUCAAAGUAAGCAUGCCGACGCGCCCAACAGCUCUUACCGGACCGCACCCACCCCCACUAUCCAGUCUCUCUCUCUUCCUCUCCCCCUCUGUCCAUCUGUCCAUCUGUCUGUGUGUCUCGUCUUGCUGCCAUGUCACCACCAACCCACCCGCCCACCUUACGGUCAACCCAGCGUCUUCCGCGACAAGCCCGUUCCCUUCCGAACUGACCAGCUUGCCCGUUUCUUUUGCUCCGGAAUCACACCACUGCCGUCAUACUCUUUGCUGAUGUGGGCUGUGUGAGCAGGCGUCGUAGAUUCGGUCCAGGAGGUGGUGGUGCUGACGUUGUCGUUGCUGCCGCCGCCCCCUCAAGACACUGACGGGGAGGCUUCCCCGUCCCAUCCACCACAAUGGCCGGCGCCCCGGAUUUGCGCCGGCAGGUUGGGUCGCCAAGGCCCAAAGGACGUGCGGACAGAGAUACUCCAUGCAAGAAUAUCCUGAUAUACGGCAAAUGCCGCUACGAAAACGCAGGCUGCAGCUUCAACCACGAUGACCCGAGGACCAGCCACGCCAGCAGCAGCUCCGAGAACUCCAAGAAGGCCCUCAACGGGGACUCUCCCUCCUUCACCCCUUCAAGCCUGUCGUCGCAGCCCGCCAAGAAGUCAUCACUGCCCUCGCAGGCCGCCAGCGCUGCCGUAUUCACGCCCAGGGGUGUUGGGGCUGCCACACCCGCCAACAAUCACGAACCCGAGCGUCUAUUCAAUCCUGCCGCGAUCAAGGAGUUCACCCCCCAGAACAACUAUGACCUAGCAAGUGCCGGCGCUGCUGCUGUUGCUGCUGCCGCUGUCACGCCUGAUGCUGCCAUGGCCUCCUUCGACCCUUUCUCGACACCAAUCGCCCCUGCUCAGUUCAACCCGUAUGCUAACGACCACACGGCGCUGGCUGGGUCCUCGGCGAACGCGUAUUACCAGGGCCAGGCAGGAUACGCCACCCCGCUGCAGCCGCCCCCUUAUCAUCUAUAUGCCAAUAUUGGGCCUUAUCGAGAAGACUUGCUGCCAUACCAACGCCAGACGCGCGACUUUUUCAUGCCAGAUGAUCUUAGGGAGGAUCUGCAGAGGAAGUCGCAUGCAGCUCUCCAGGUCAUACCUAGUACAAUUCAGUUGGAAAACUUUCACUCGCUCGUGCCCCUCGACAAACUGGACACGCCGCAUAGGAAGAACACAAGCAUUUUCGGAUGGACAAGCUGGCUGUUCAAGGCAUUCUCUGCAAAGACAGGGCGGAUUUACUGCCUUAGAAGGAUUCAGGACUACCGUCUCGGCGACCGAGAAGCCACGCAGGCCAUCGAGACCAUCAAGAAGUGGAAACAAAUCAACAACGCCAAUGUCGUCUUCGUCCAUGAUGCAUUCACCACCUCCGCGUUUGGUGACAGGUCACUCGUUUUUGCUCAGGACUAUUUCCCGCUGGCGCAAACAGUCACCGAAGUCCACCUGACUGCACAACCGCAGAAGGAUCAUCGGUUCCGCGGCCCCGCUGCUCCGCCCAAGAUCCCAGAGUCUGUCAUAUGGUCAUAUGUCGUUCAGAUAGCGAACGCGCUCCGGGCCAUACAUGCCAGGGAUCUGUCCGCCAGAUGUCUUGACCCCAGCAAGAUUAUAGUCACCGAGAAGAACAGGAUACGACUCACAGCGUGUGCGAUCCUCGACGUCGUCCAAUACCAGGGCCACCGGUCAACCAAGGAGCACCAGCAGGACGAUUUUGUACAGCUGGGGAAGCUGAUCCUCUGCCUUGGGACCGGGAAACUCCCCGGCCAGCUCGCUGACGUCAACGCCGAGAUGGCCACGAUAGCUAGAAAAUAUCCGUCCGGCCCCAAGGGUGAGUCGGCGCUCAGAGACCUGGUCGGCUGGCUCCUGACACCAGGUGAGAAGCUCGCCGAUCAGCUCAUCACGGGAAUGCCGCACCACGUAAUCGAGAAUCUGGACAAGAACCUGCAGCACACAGACUCGCUGAACUCGGAGUUGCAGAGGGAGCUUGAAAAUGGGCGACUGGUGCGCCUGUUGAUGAAGAUGGGUAUGGUGAACGAGCGGCAAGAAUUCGACAACGACCCAGGAUGGAGCGAGAACGGCGAGCGGUAUACGCUUAAACUGUUCCGCGACUAUGUCUUUCACCGCGUGGAUGAGGCUGGCCGCCCCGUCUUCGAUAUGGGCCAUAUGGUGUCAUGUCUCAACAAGCUCGACGCGGGCGCUAACGAGCGCGUGCGCCUCACGAGCAGGAGUGGCGAGACCGACUUCAUCAUCACAUACGCCGAGCUCAAGAAGCAGCUCAACAGCGCGUUUGCCGACCUGAUGAAGCAUAACAGGCGGGCUUAGGUGAGACAAAGCGCGGGUAUGUGGGGCUGCGUCGGGCAGCAACAGCUUCGAGUUUGGGUUACCAGGGUAGCUUGGGCGGUCUGUUGGUGAGGCGGCAGGCGGUGUGGGAUAUGAGACGAGAUUUAGAUUUGGUGGGUCAACAGGCCUUCUCUGUUGGAAAUUGGCACUAUCUUGUCCCUGCUGCCGCGAUGAGUACACAUAUUUGGAUGUCACUCGGUCUAAACACACGAAGAAGUCGAGGUCGCCAGGAAGGCAUCGGCGAUAUUUCUCUCCUCGGAGCAAGUCACGCGAUCUGUAUCUGGGAGUUAUGCGGGCAGAGUGCCAAUGGUCUUGGGCGAAGACGGAAGAGUGCGCGAGCAAACAAAGCAAACCUCGAAAGCGUUGUAGAGAGCGAGAAAGCAGUUGCGUGGUUGAGAAACGCUUCGAGCGAGAUCCUGAAGGGCGUGAGAUCGAGAGAACAUGGAAGAAUGAUGGACAUGAACACCUAGGUGGACAGUUACAAGCCAGCAGGCAGGUGAGGCACAGCGAAUGUCAGCGGGAUAAGUUGUUCAUGGCGAAAGAGAUGUUUAUAGCAAGUCGAAAGUAUAGAACCUUGAGCGCAUUCUUCAUAA